AUGGAGACUUAUUUCUUAAUCAGGGUAUUGGUUUUGUACGCGUUGGCAUUGUUAUGCACGUGCUAUCCGUACUUCCAAGAAAGUUUACCGAACGGAAAGAACGUACCACACCCGUGUAUAAGUGGACACACGUGGGAAGGGGUCGGGCAUGAGAAUCAGAGAGGAGCUGGAACAAAAAACAUCUUUGGUGUGGAUUUCAAGAACAAUAAUCUGGUUUGGGACGCCGUUAUUUGUAACAAGGAUUCCGACGGUGAUGGUAAAACAAAUGGCGAGGAACUAGGUGACCCAGACUGCAGCUGGACUCCAGGCUCGAGCCCAAAAUACACAACUGGACUGUCUCAUCCAGGUAUAUGCGAACCGUUUGAAAGUCCGCAAUGUGGGGGUAAACCUUCUUUUGUCAACUGCGAGGACUCCGGAACUUUCCAGUGUGACGCCAUAAAUGAACCAGACACAUUUAACUUCACGGUUCGAUUCCCCGAGACUCCCGUGCCAGCGAAAGAGACAACUUAUAUAUGCAUCACGUUCGAGCUCCCCAUGGACAAGGAGUACCACCUCGUGGCCACUAACCCGUACAUAGACAAUAAGGAGGUCAUGCAUCACACACUGGCGUUCGGUUGUGACGGGGCUGACAAAGCCCCUAGAGCUUUAAAUGAACCUGUGGAGUGUGGAGGAACGAUGGGUGGAUGUCGGGAGCUCAUCGCAGCUUGGGGCGCUGGUGGGACUGGAAACUGCUUAGACAGGAAUAUGGGGUUUCUCAUAGGGGCAAAUAAAGGGCUGAAAUAUGGUGUGAUGCAGCAUCAUUGGAACAACCCGCAAGAGAUUCCAGACUAUAAAGACAGUUCAGGAAUGACGUUUUACCUGACCCCAAAUCUCCGCCCAAACAACGCUGGAUUUCUGAUGACUGGUCAGUUUAGCCUUGACAUUCCACCAGGAGAGAGUUACUACUCGGCUUCCGGUUCUUGUGGCGGAAGUUGCUUGUCACAAAUAAUGGAUGGCCCAAUUUACGUGUCCCAGGUCAACAACCACAUGCAUUUACUUGGGACAGCACAAUUCACAGAGCUGCGCAGAAACUCCUCGUUUGCGAGGUACCUUGCGCAGGACAAGGUGUAUGACUACAAUACACCAGUUUCACAUAUCCACAGGGAUCCUGUUAUGGUACAUCCGGGCGAUGAGCUGAAGACCACGUGUAUAUUUUCCUCUGAAACAAGGAAGAGGACGACUAAUUUUGGGGACGCAACGUCUGACGAAAUGUGUCUAGCUUUCUUCACAUACUAUCCGGAAGAAAAUAUGAGGACGGGUCACAUUGUUUACUCGAUUAUUUUCUCUAGUGAUCCCGAAACACUCAAAAUUAUCACAUCAGUGAACGAGCUAUGUGAUCCUGGCAAGUGUCGCCAGGAAUGCUUCGAUUAUGUGAAAGAGCUGAAGAAGCAUCCAUGUUUCUCUGGAGACGUUGGCAAAUAUCUCAGAUCUUUUUCUGCUAGACAAGGAACAGAUGCACUAGAAAGGAUAGCGUGGUACGCUCGACUUGAUUCAUGUGACGUGGAACUUUUGAGGGAGCAGUAUGACGAUAUUAACGGCGGCAGGACCGCUAAACCUUUAUACGCAAUGAUAUUAUUUUCACUCAUAUGUCUAGUAUUUUAGUCCGUGCUUAUUCUAUGACACU